UCAAAGAUUCAAGAAUGCUCGUCAUGAACUGAUUCUCCUCGGCACUGGACUCACGACUCACGAUCGACUGCCAACACUCACGUCCCUCAAAAAACCCACCCAAGAUGGCUUCAAUUGCACGAUGCUUGAGGUCUACAGGACCGAAGUCCUUCUCGACUCUCGCUAAGACGCCUGUAGCGAGGCCCAUCUUCAGGGCAAACCCAAUUCGGGCAUUUUCGGUGACCGCAAGAAACCCGAUAAGGAAGUACACCAAAGACCACGAGUGGAUCGACCUCUCUGCAGACAACAAGACGGGCGUCAUUGGCAUCAGCGAGUACGCCGCAGAGGCCCUCGGCGAUGUCGUCUAUGUGGAGCUGCCCGAGGAAGGGAAGGUCCUCAAGGCUGGCGACGCCAUUGGAGCCGUCGAGUCGGUCAAGAGCGCUGCCGAUAUCAACUCCCCGGUCUCCUGCAAGGUCACGCACGUCAAUCUCCUCUUGGAAGAGAAGCCCUCGACCAUCAACCAGGUUCCCGAGGAUGAUUCGCAUGGUGGCGGCUGGAUUGCCAAGGUGGCCAUAGACGAGGAGGGCGUGAAGAACCUGGAGGGGCUGAUGAACGCGGAGGAGUACAAGGAGUUUACCGCUGGCGAAUCGUCGGAGCAGUAAAUCUUGCCAUAGACAGGACAAGUUUUGUUAUUAGGAAUGGCGUAAAAUUUGACCAAUGGCCGACAAUUCAACCUGGAACAGUUCAACCUGGAGGCUUGACGGGGAAACGUGGGACGUGGAAACAGAGAUGGGCCAAGCAUUUGUAUUGUACAUAGCGUAUUCCUCCUUUUGGCUCAGGGGAGUUUCUUGAUUCAUCAUACAGGAAGGGUAUCGGCUAUCUCCGGCAAUUCAGGCGAUCAUGGUAAAUCGAUGCUCAAUGGUACAACAAUACUUGAU